ACACUGAUGAAUAUCAAUAUUAUAUCAUAUACUGCUGAUCAUAACACACACCUGCGGGUAAAUACACUGAUGAAUAUCAAUAUUAUAUCAUAUACUGCUGAUCAUAACACUCACCUGCUGGUAAAUACACUGAUGAAUAUCAAUAUUAUAUCAUAUAUUACUGCCCAUAACACUCACCUGCUGGUAAAUACACUGAUGAAUAUCAAUAUUAUAUCAUAUACUGCUGAUCAUAACACUCACCUGCUGGUAAAUACACUGAUGAAUAUCAAUAUUAUAUCAUAUAUUACUGCCCAUAACACUCACCUGCGGGUAAAUACACUGAUGAAUAUCAAUAUUAUAUCAUAUAUUACUGCCCAUAACACUCACCUGCGGGUAAAUACACUGAUGAAUAUCAAUAUUAUAUCAUAUACUGCUGAUCAUAACACUCACCUGCUGGUAAAUACACUGAUGAAUAUCAAUAUUAUAUCAUAUAUUACUGCCCAUAACACUCACCUGCGGGUAAAUACACUGAUGAAUAUCAAUAUUAUAUCAUAUACUGCUGAUCAUAACACACACCUGCGGGUAAAUACACUGAUGAAUAUCAAUAUUAUAUCAUAUAUUACUGCCCAUAACACUCACCUGCGGUCGUGUGAAGAGUGUAGUGUCUCCGGCCCGUCCGCCGAUGCGGUUCUUCCCCGCGGAGGCACCAGUGCUGGAUCUGUUCCUGGGUCAGCUGGAGGAAGCGGAUCGGCUGCGGGAGGAAGCGGAUGUGUCGGUGCUCUUCUUCUACGCCCCCUGGUGUGCUCACUCCAUCACAGCACGGCAACACGUCCAGCAGGUGGCGCUGCGUCUGGCCGACCAGGUGCAGUUCCUGGCUGUGAACUGCUGGUGGCAUCAGGGCCGCUGCAGGAAGCAGAAGAGCUUCUUCCAGUAUCCCGUCAUUCAUCUGUACUACAGGAGGUUCGGGCCGAUCGAGUACAGGGGUCCGGUUCGCUCCGAUUAUCUGGAGAGCUUCAUCCUCAGGGUUUGUGCUCCGCUUGUGUACCUGCCCACGGCUGGAGCCCUGCACUCCUUUCUCACACAGCACCAGCAGGGUGUGGUGGGUUAUUUCAGGUUUAGCUGGUCUCCUCAGCCGGCAGGUUACCUCACCUUUCUGUUGUCUGCUCUGCACGCGCUGCGACGAGAUCACCAGGGGGCGGUGCGCUUCGCUGUGGUGACCAAUCAGGCGGUGGCAGAGGGCGUGUCUCUCAGGGAAGAUGAAAGUGUGUAUUUGCACCGCCGUUUGAACAGCUCGCUGGUGUUCCCGCGAGCGCAGAGGAACUUCACCGCACAGGCCGUCUCUGAUUGGGUGCUGGAGAACAAAGAGAGCGUCGUCUACUGGAUUCAACCAACCAGAGCCAAGAGUUACUCUCUGGAGGCGGAGCUACAGAAGGGCCCUGCCCUCCUGACCUUCCUCCCACACAAUCCCCUCACAGCCAAUCAGCUGCUCGAUCAGGUGUCCGCUGUGGCUCUGCUCUAUCAGUCUGGCUGUGGCUCGUCUGCUCCGCGUCUCUGCUGUCAGUGUGUGCCGGUGUGUGCGAGCUCUGGUGUGUGUGAGGUGUGUGUCCAGCGCUCAGUCUGCUCCGGGCUCCACCAGAGCCUCCAGCGUCUGCAGUCCAGCGCCUCCUGCUGGAGCGUCCAGAGCUCAUACACACCGUCCGGCCGGCUGAGUGUGUGUUGCGGAGCGAGUGUGUGCCGCGGCGGGGCGAGUGUGUGCAGUGGGGCCUCCAUCAGCGGGCUGCAGUGCCGCUCCAACCGCACGCUGCGCUUCUACAUGCUGGACGCAGAGCUGCACCGGCCCCUGGCUCACAGACUGGGGGCCCGCGGGGGACUCCACCGGCCCUUCAUCACCAUCAUCAACCUCAGAGACGAGACACACCACGUGCUGGAGCCCAGCGGCACUCUGGAAGGCUUCAUCCAGAACUUCAGCGUUCCCUACAGCCCACUGCGCAGACAUCUAGUGGGACAGGAAGCACCUCAGCAGACACAGAGCCUCGUACAGGAAGUGACCUCAGACAGCUUCCUGCAGACGGUCAUGGACUCGCAAAGGGACGUGCUGCUGCUGUAUUACUCAGCCUGGUGUGGAUUCUGCUCUGUUCUCAAUCACGUGUUUCUCCAGCUGGGUCGCCUCUUCCGGGGGAACAGGGCGCUCACGGUGGCCAGAGUCAAUGUGGGCCGUAAUGAUCUGCCCUGGGAGUUCAUGGUGGAUCAUCUGCCCACCGUGCUCUUCUUCCCCAGACACAGGAAGCAGAUGAGUGUGAAGUUUCCAGAAAACACACCCAUGACUGUUCCAAACCUGCUGCGCUUCGUUCUGCAGCACACAGGCCACGCCCCAUGGGAGGAGCAGCAGUCGGGAGAAGGGGAGGAGCCAGUUAGAGGGGAGGAGUCAGUUUCUCUGCUGGGGGCGGAGCUCCGGGCGCUGCAGCAGGAAGUGUUCUCUCUGCACCGGGUUCGAGAGCGUGUGUCCCAGCAGCUGGAUGUGCUGUGGCGGGAGAACCGGCGGCUCACGCUGCACACGCACACACUGCAGAGCCAGAACCAAGAGCUGCAAGCGCAGAUCCACCAGCUGGAGGCGCUGUACCGGGAGAAAACACACCAGCUCACACACACUGUUCACAGACUGCAGGAGCUGGCAGACGCCUCCGAGGAGCUCCUGAAGGAGAACACACUGCUGAAGGUGCUGCUGACCGCUCUGAGCGACGCGGACCACAGACAGACAACAGAAGACAGACAGACAACAGACCACAGACAGGCAACAGAAGAACAUGAUGAAAACACACAUGCAGAGGACGAGUCUUCCUGACCACAGCUCAUGUUGUUCUCCAGCACACGUCCAGGGCUUACUCCACCUCAUGAUCAAUCAUCAGUUUAAGCAGAUGUUUUUUGUUUGUUUUAUUAAUCAGACGUUUAAAGGGAUCGCUCAGCCAAUAAUCAGCAUUUACUCACCGUUUACUCUUCCUCAAGGGUUGAAGAGUUUCUUCUAUUGAACACUCAAGAAGAUGUUUUGAAGACUGUAAAAGAAUGAUAAUCUCCAAGACCGUGUUUGGAACAGGUAAUGGGUUAAUAAAUGACGAUAGUUUUGGGUGGGUUAUCCCUGUAAAUGAUCUCAUUCUCAUCAUUUGAUUUUCGUUUAAGCGCUGCACUAAAGUAAUGAAGUACAUUUAGAUGAGACCUGUAUUUUAUUUCAAUACACUUCAUCAUGGAAAAUGGGAAUUAUUGAGAAAUACUUUGACAUUAGUCCUGAGAGUGAGAUUUGUUUCUGCAUUAUAAUAAUGUGUGUUUGAGUUAUAAUGGAAAUAAGACAAUGAAAGUUUGGGGUGGUGAAGCUGGACAUGUCCUGUAGAUUCAUAACAUGAGGACAUCUGAACCUUCUGGAAGGAUAUUUGAUGUUCUCAUCAGCACAUGGACUUUAUAAAGAUGAAUGAUUUCAGUGAAACACUGUUCAGUAUUUUUCUGUAUGUUUAAAUAAUCUAUUUUUCAUAAUCAUGGAUUCAGUAUUCAGGGAUUUCUUGAUGUCUAUCAGAUAUUGAGGGUUAAAUGAUUAAUGUGAUCAUCAAUAACUGAACUUUUACACUCUGCUAGUCAAAAUUGGUGUAUUGUGCACUAGCGCCACUGAAAUAAUUUAAUAAACAAUAAAUAAAGGCUUUUUAGAAACAAAAA